AGCCGCCAGCGGCGGAGUGGGUGGGCGGGCGAGAGGGAGGGGAAGGCUGGCGGACGCCGCAGCGAACUGGUGGGCAGACCCGGAGUCGCCGCGUAAGCGGGGCCGGCUCAGUGCGGUGCGGCAGGCGCGGCUGUGCGGCAGCGGAAGUCCUUUGUUGCAGCGCAGUCCCUGGCAGAGCCCGAGUGUCUCGGCGCAGCCCAGCCGGAGCGCCGCGCGUCGCAGCCAACGGCAGCCCGGGCCCCUGCGCCUCCGCCCGCCUUUCCCGCGGCCCCUGUGCCUUAAACUCCCUAAAACCUCCGCAGCCGUGCGUCCCGCUGCGCCCGGUCUAAUUAAUAGAAGAUGGCAAAGCCCAGUCACAGCAGCUAUGUUCUUCAGCAGCUUAACAACCAAAGAGAAUGGGGUUUUCUCUGUGACUGUUGUAUUGCAAUUGAUGACAUUUAUUUCCAAGCGCACAAAGCAGUCCUAGCUGCCUGUAGCUCCUAUUUUAGAAUGUUUUUCAUGAACCAUCAGCAUAGUACUGCACAACUAAAUCUCAGCAACAUGAAAAUAAGUGCUGAAUGUUUCGAUCUCAUUUUGCAGUUUAUGUAUUUAGGAAAGAUUAUGACCGCUCCAUCCAGUUUUGAGCAGUUCAAAGUGGCAAUGAACUACCUACAGCUGUACAAUGUUCCUGACUGCUUAGAAGACAUACAGGAUGCAGACUGUUCCAGUUCAAAAUGCUCAUCUUCUGCCUCCAGCAAACAGAACAGCAAAAUGAUUUUUGGGGUAAGAAUGUAUGAAGACACAGUGGCCAAAAAUGGUAAUGAAACCAGCAGGUGGUGUGCAGAACCAAGUUCAACAGUAAAUACCCCACAUAAUAGAGAGCCUGAUGAAGAAUCUUUACAAUUAGGUAAUUUUCCUGAGCCACUAUUUGAUGUAUGUAAAAAGAGUUCUGUGUCUAAAUUGUCUACUCCCAAAGAGCGCGUGUCACGGCGCUUUGGACGGAGCUUUACCUGUGACAGCUGUGGAUUUGGCUUCAGCUGUGAAAAAUUAUUAGAUGAACAUGUGCUGACCUGUACUAACAGACAUUCAUACCAAAACACAAGAUCUUAUCACCGAAUAGUGGAUAUUAGAGAUGGAAAAGACAGUAACAUCAAAGCUGAACUUGGCGAAAAGGAUUCUUCUAAAACAUUUGCUGCACAGACUGAAAAAUACAGAGGAGACACCAGCCAGGUCCCUGAUGAUUCGGCGUCAACCACUGGAAAUAGAAAAGGUAACACAGUGGAGUCUGAAGUAGCCAGUGAAGAAAAAAGCAGAGCUGCUGAGAGGAAAAGAAUUAUUAUCAAGAUGGAACCAGAAGAUAUUCCUACAGAUGAGCUGAAAGACUUUAACAUUAUUAAAGUGAAUGAUAAAGACUGCAAUGAAUCUACUGACAACGAUGAAUUAGAGGAUGAACCUGAAGAGCCAUUUUAUAGAUACUAUGUUGAGGAAGAUGUCGGCAUUAAAAAAACUGGUAGGAAAUCUCUGAAACCACGGAUGUCAAUAAAUAUUGAUGAAAGAAGUGGCUUAGAAAAUAUGAGACCCCCCAACAACAGCAGCCCAAUACAAGAAGAUGCUGAAAAUGCCUCUUGUGAGCUAUGUGGACUCACAAUAACUGAGGAGGACCUGUCAUCUCAUUACUUAGCCAAACAUAUCGAAAAUAUCUGCGCAUGUGGUAAAUGUGGACAAAUACUUGUCAAGGGUAGACAGCUACAGGAACAUGCUCAAAGAUGUGGAGAACCUCAAGAUCUGACAAUGAAUGGGUUGGGAAAUACUGAGGAGAAAAUGGACAUGGAAGAAAACCCUGAUGAGCAGUCUGAGAUAAGAGAUAUGUUUGUUGAAAUGCUGGAUGAUUUCAGGGACAAUCAUUACCAAAUAAACAGUAUCCCAAAAAAGCAGUUAUUUAAACAUUCUGCCUGUCCUUUUCGGUGUCCUAAUUGUGGCCAGCGUUUUGAAACUGAAAAUCUAGUGGUUGAACAUAUGUCUAGCUGCCUAGACCAAGAUAUGUUUAAGAGUGCCAUCAUGGAAGAAAAUGAAAGAGAUCACAGACGAAAACAUUUUUGUAAUCUAUGUGGAAAAGGAUUUUAUCAGCGGUGUCAUUUAAGAGAGCACUAUACUGUCCAUACUAAGGAAAAGCAGUUUGUUUGUCAGACAUGUGGAAAGCAGUUCCUAAGAGAGCGUCAGUUGCGUCUGCACAAUGAUAUGCACAAAGGCAUGGCCAGUGGUGAAAUAGGGCCUUCUAGACUUCUGGAGAAGUGACAGAUGUGCAUUUGGAGAGGCCAUGGGGAAGAGUCAAUCUUCAGCAGAUAAUCUAAGUGCAGACCCAGGAAUAUCAGAUCUGAAGUGCCACCAUCUUUUCUGUCUGCCUGACAAACUUCAUCAACCCCAAAAGUUCCAGUUGCAAAGAUCCAAGAAAACUCAAUAAAGAUCACUUUGGAAUCACUUUGUUGUAACAAAACUGAUUCAUGGUGACUCUUAUAGUAUUCAUGGAAAAUCUGCUAAAGAAAAGUUAACUGUAAAAUUCAUAUGACAUCAAUGAUUAAAGCUAUGGUAAACUGAAACUCCACAUGCCAUUUAUCUUCAAGUCUCCCUUCUAAAAUAAAAGGCUUGGUAGGCUACUGUUGUAAAUAUGAAGAGAGAUAAUUACACAUUUCCAUAAACACAUAUAAUUCUAAACUUAAAAUAACUAGAAUUAUAGCUUAUAUAUUAUGAAAUGUAGUUAGGCAAUUUAAAAGAAUUACACUAAAAAUAUCUGUACAGUGUAAGUAAAAUGAAGGGGUACAAACUGGGCAUGGUAGCACAUGCCUUUAAUCCUAGCAUUCAGAUGCAGAGGCAGGUAGGUCUCUGAGUUCAAGGCCAGCCUGGUCUACAUAGUGAGUUCAAGGUCAGCCAGAGCUACAGAGUUAAGACCCUAUCUUAACAAAACGAAACUGGAGAUAGCUCAUUGGUAAAGUACUUGUCUUGCAAAAAGGGGACCUGGGUUUGAUCCCCAGAAUCCAUAUUUUAAAAAACAACUGGGUGCCAGAACCCUGGGGCUUGCUGGCCAGCCAGCCUAGCCUACUUGGGGAGCUCCAUGCCAGUAAGAGACCCUGUCUCAAAAACGAUGCAGGGAGCACCAGAGAACAAUACCUGAGCAUUGACAUCCUCAUGCAUGCACACACGCAUGCACACACACACACAUGGGCACAGGAAAAGGAACUCCAAGGCCAAAAUAAUCUAGUUAUUACUGUAAUGAGCAGUAUCACUGUAUAAACAGUCACAUACUUGCUUAUGAAUAUAAGUGAAGUUUCUUUUUAGAAGUCUCGAACAGAGUAGCAUUCCAAUAGUGGUAGAUUUUUACAAAUCAUGUUAUUUCCUUCUGAGCUUAGUAAUACAACUUAAUAAUAUAUAAUAAAUUUCAGUUAAAUGCUUACUCUCAGAACUAAUGUAUAGUACCAUGUUUCUCAGCUUCAGAUUUCAAAGUGAAAUUAAGUACUAAAUGAAAUAAAACUGAAGAAAUUGUUUAGUGAGGUUUUAAUCUGGCUAUGGCUACAAACACUUCAUUACACAUACACUUCUUAACCAUGUUAAUCUUAUAUUAUUUCCUUGUUGUGAAUAUACUUGUUUUUUGAUUUUUACUUUUGGUUAACUGUAUAUCUAAUUUCUUAUUACUACUUUGUUUUUUGUGCAAUAUCAGAAUGUUUAAAUGCUUACUUUGUUUUUAUGCCGGGUUUUCAAAUAUCUUAGAAGUUAUACAAAGAAAUCUGUCUUAAUAAGUCACUUGAAAACCCUAAAUUUAAGGUGGGACAGUAAAUUGAAUAUUCUAACAACUAGACUAACUGAAAAAAAAGCAGAAAGUCCAUUUUAAUGGGAUGACAAGGAUAGGGCAGAAAAGAGAGAAGAGAAAUCCACCAAGGAGUUCAAAUGUCGAAGCCAGGCACAGUGGUACAAGCUUUUAAUUCCACUACUUGGGAGGUGGAAGCAAGAGGAUCAACAGUUCAAGGCCAGCCUUGGCUACAUAGUGAAUUCAAAGCCAGCCUGGGCUACAUAAGACACUCAGACAAAAUGUUCCAAAUACAUAUAAAACUGCUUUAAGAGGAAAAGUCUAGACAAGUG